AUGGGAAGCGACUCGUCGAAACCGAAGAAUAAGAAGGAGACGAACAACAAUAAUAACAAUCACAGCACUAACAACAAUUUUUCUGUGCCGUCGAUACGACUUCCGGCAUCGCAGUCUUGUUAUGACGUUCCGAGUAAAAAAGAGGGGCUAUCCCGGUCUCGGCCCGGCAGCAGCUGCUCGGUCAGCAGUCGUCAUCCCCUAAAUCCACGCCAUCGCCGUCUGAUUCAGAGCUGCUUCGCCAACCCGCACGAGACGAUCGGGAGGAGAAUUAUGAAAAGGGCCGCCGAAGUUCGCGAGGAUUUCGGAAGGUUCUAUCUAAAUAUGGACGCGGAGCAGCGAGAGAUCGCUGAGGAAGCCAUAAAGGCCGUGCUCAAGAAGAUAAUCGCGUGUUUGGAGAGCGCCGAGGAUAUGCAGCGCGUGGCCGAGGAGUACGGUACCGGAUUCGUCGAACUUCGGCCGUUGGGGUUCAAGCCGGACUAUUUUGCGGUUAUUGCGGAUGCGACGAUUACGGAAUGCACCCACCUGGACAGCGCCGUCCACAAAGCCCACACGACAACACAUGCAUUCAGCCAAUUUGGGGCUAUGAUGUUCUCCUCCGUGCGGGAUGGCUUCUACCACGAAGUCAGAAAACGACGUCGCACCUCGAACUCGUUCUCCUGUAGCUCGAACAACUCGUCUGUGCGCAGGAAAAAGAGCGGGGAUAGUAGGACGUCAUCGAGAGGUGGAUCUCCACGACCUGUUUCUCCUGAGCUCUUCGGAAGGGCCCAAACUAGGAUGGCUGAACCAGUCGGCUGCUCAUGUAAACGGGUCUGCCUCAUCGCUUUCCAGAUAGCCCGAUGGUUUCCCGUGCUAUUCGUGUUCGCCAUCCUAGGAUGGGCCUAUUAUGCCUAUGUAGUCAAUCUUUGCAUUGAAAGCGUAGAAUCUAUACCGCAGAAGGCGCUCUACUUGGUGUUGUUUCACAUUCUACUCGCUCUACUUGUCACCUCGUAUUUGAGAACGGUGUUCGCGAGGGUCAGACGGCCACCAAAGGAGUUCAAAAUCCCGGCAGCGUAUCGUGAGGAAAUUGCUGGUUACAACGGGGAGAUUGCUCGGAUAGCGCCGAUUGUACAGCGAUACGUUGAAGCCAAUUGCCUGCCAGUCUACAUGCGAGAAUACGAGGGUCGCGGCGGCGGCUAUCGUUUCUGCCCCAAAUGCAUCGCCGUCAAGCCGGAUCGCUCGCACCACUGCUCAUUUUGCGGAACGUGUGUUUUGAAAUUUGACCAUCACUGCCCCUGGGUCAACACGUGCGUCAACUUCCACAACUACAAGUUCUUUCUGCUUUUCCUUGGUUACGGCUUGGUGUUCUGUAUCUUCUGUGUGGCCACCGACUUGGAGUUCUUCGUGCGAUUCUGGCGUCACGACUUUUUGGAAGGCCGAGGAGAUAGCAUCAAAAUCAACAUGGUGAUGUUGUUCUUCGUCGGCGCCAUGUUCAGCAUCUCGAUGGGCGGCCUGUUCUUCUACCACCUCUACCUUGUCGCCAAGAAUCGGACAACGAUCGAGUCAUUCCGAGCUCCAAUCCUCACUGAUGGGCCAAACGAAAACGCGUUCAACCUCGGCAUCCGCAACAACUUCCGCCAAGUGUUCGGCAAUCGUCCACUGCUCUGGCUGCUGCCUGUGUUUACAUCUCAGGGCGACGGGCUUCGCUUCUCAAAUCUGAAGGACGAGGUGCCCAUCCACGAUAUCCCCGUCUCACCGAAGUACGCCGAAGCCAACGGCGUUGAUGUAUACGGCGAUGGCAUCGUGUUCGGACAACGUGAUCUGGAUGGAUUGUCGUACACUCUACUCGCUCGCCAAUCUGACGAGGACGAGGAUCUAAUAAUAGGUGCCGUC